AUGUCGAAAUUGACCGAUUUUAAACUACUUUCCUUCGAUGUCUACGGGACCUUCAUAGACUGGGAAACUGGAAUUUUGACCGCUUUUCAAAAGUAUUUGGAAAAAUGCGGUGCUGGCAACCGCUUCACCAGAAAACAUCUGCUCGAAGUAUUUCACGAGCUUGAGUAUAGACAAGAAGUCAAAACACCAGAUAUGCUCUACUCGCAGGUUCUCACAACUACUCAUCCGCAAUGGGCGGAGAAGCUUGGGCUUCCUGCUCCUACGGCGAGCGAGAGCGAAGAGUUCGGCCAGUCUGUGGGCAAAUGGCCCGCCUUUCCUGACACUGUUGAUGCCCUGAAGCGCCUGGGCAAGACGUAUAAGCUAGUGGUACUCUCGAAUGUGGAUCGAGAGUCAUUUGGUGCGAGCAAUGCCGGUCCACUCGGGGGUGUGCACUUUGAUGGUAUUCUCACCGCGCAAGAUAUUGGCUCGUACAAGCCUGAUCCUCGCAACUUUGACUAUAUGCUCGAUUUUGCCCAAAAGGAGUUUGGCAUUCAAAAAUCACAGGUCCUGCAGACUGCGCAAAGCCAAAAGCAUGAUCAUCACCCCGCAUCCAAAAAGGGUAUUAAGUCCGUGUGGAUUGCACGUGCAGGAGCACGGAUGGGAAAUGUCGACGAGGAAAUUUACAACUGGAAAUUUAAUACCUUGGGCGAGAUGGCAGAUGCUGUGGAAAAGGAGAAGUCUGCUUAA